AGGCAAAAGCAUAGAAAGAGAGGGGGCCACUGAGAUUUGAUUGGCUGAGGAAGGCAGAGCCAAAAACACUCUGGCCAGGAAACGGCUCGAAUUUCUGGGGACGUAAGGAGGAGAAAAAAUCUAGUAAACCUGACAAAGCGUCUGAGAACAGUACUAGGAUUGUCUGGGAAGAAGACGCUCUGCCGCGAGGGAUCAUAUAUUGAUGGAUUCUAUGUUUUUGGAGAGUUUAUGUUCUUUUUUUACCCAUUAGUUCAUCAUAAAUUGCCGACCUUUCGUUUGGAUGAAGAGUGUGCUCGCUCUGGUACACUGACAUUUGAGUUGACUAGCAACUUGGUGAAGAAGUUUCAGGGACGUAGCUAUGUUUUUCUAGUUAUUUUUCAAGGAUAUGGAUUUAAAUUCGGAUUUUUUUAAAGUGCCAUGGAACAACAAUGACUUCAUGAUUUAAUAAUACAUUUCAGUGAUUUUCUUUUGUUGCUCGUCCAAUUUGGGGAAAGUAAAAAAAAAUCGCUGCUUGGCAUUUUUGGUGCAGUGGGGUGAAUUUGCUCCAUCGGGACUAGGCUACACAUUCCUCUCGAUUCGGCACAGGCACUCGCCUCCUGCCUUGUCCAUGCAUGCGAAUCGGAGUUCUUCCAGACUUGAGGUAGUUAUUCGUUCCUUUCCUCAGCCCAGGUGAUUGGGGGAAUUCACAGUGAGUGACAGGCCGGGCAGCCUGCAGUUGAUGGUUGGGUGGAGCCCCUCAGAUGGGAUCAGUGUCCAGGGGGAGGCAGAGCCUGAGGAGGGGAGGAUGGGGGACGGACUCACCCUCCACUAACGGGAUGGCCUUGUGGGCCUGGCUGCUCGCCACCAUCCUGCUGUCCCUAGCAACGGCUACUUUGGCAAGGCCGCCGUACACUGCCGCAGAGGAAGAGGAGGCUACGCUAGAACCUGAAGAGCCUCCGACCAAAUACCAAAUCUCUAAGCCCACCGUGUGCUCGGUGCACCCGGGGGAACUGCUGAAGCUCAGCUGCCUUCUGGCCGGGGAGCCCGGGGCCAUCACCUGGACUAAGGAUGGUUCCACUCUCGGGGCCAACAACCGCACCCUGAUAGAACAGGAGGUUCUGCAGAUCCGCGACGCCACGCCCAAGGACUCUGGGCUGUACGCGUGCAGCACUGUGGGCCCUCAGGGCAGCGACACGCUCUGCUUCAUAGUGAACGUCACAGAUGCCAUCUCGUCUGGGGACGAUGAGGACGACACAGAGCGAUCUGAGGACGUGGGGGCGGACGGAGAGCAGAUAAGGGCGCCCUAUUGGACGAUGUUGGAGAAGAUGGAGAAGAGGCUGCACGCGGUGCCUGCUGCCAACACAGUCAAGUUCCGCUGUGCUGCCGGGGGCAACCCACGCCCUAAGAUGCGCUGGCUGAAGAACAGCCGACCAUUCCGACAGGAGGACCGCAUGGGCGGGUAUAAGGUGCGUCACCAGCACUGGACCCUGAUUAUGGAGAGUGUGGUGCCGUCAGACAAGGGCAACUACACUUGCCUGGUGGAGAACUCAUAUGGCGCCAUCAAUCACACCUACACCCUGGAUGUAGUGGAACGGUCCCCCCAUCGGCCCAUUCUCCAAGCAGGGCUGCCAGCCAACACCAGUGUGCAAGUGGGGGAAGACGCACGCUUCGUGUGUAAGGUGUACAGCGACGCUCAGCCCCACAUUCAGUGGCUGCAGCACAUCCAGAAGAAUGGUAGUCGCACUGGCCCAGACGGACACUCCUACGUCCGCGUCCUAAAGACCGCAGGUGUUAACACCACGGACAAGGAGAUUGAAGUCCUCUACCUCCCCAAUGUCACUUACGAGGAUGCUGGGGAGUAUACGUGCUUGGCGGGCAAUUCUAUUGGGAUCUCCUAUCACACUGCUUGGUUGACGGUGCUUCCAGCCAGUAACGACGAGAUGGUGACGGGUCUGAUGUCACCUGACUACGUGGAGAUAGCCAUCUACUGCAUCGGGGUGUUCUUGAUCGCCUGUAUGGUGGUCAUCGUGGUGGUAUGCCGGAUGAGGAAUACGGCUAAGAAGCCUGACUUUGGGAACCAGCCAGCGGUCCACAAACUCAGCAAGCAGAUACCUCUGCGCCGCCAGGUAACAGUGUCAAAUGACUCCAGCUCCUCGAUGAACUCCAGCACUCCGUUGGUCCGCAUCACCACACGACGCAGCUCGGCUGGCCACGACGACCCCAUCCCAGAGUAUGACCUCCCUGAGGACCCACGCUGGGAGUUCUCCAGAGACAGGUUGACUCUGGGCAAGCCGUUGGGCGAGGGCUGCUUUGGCCAGGUGGUGAUGGCUGAAGCGUUAGGCAUCGAUAAGGACAAGCCGAAGGAGGCCAUCACAGUGGCUGUGAAGAUGCUGAAAGACGAUGCAACAGAGAAAGACCUGUCUGACCUUGUGUCAGAGAUGGAGAUGAUGAAGAUGAUUGGGAAACACAAGAACAUCAUCAACCUACUAGGGGCCUGUACACAAGAUGGCCCUCUGUAUGUGAUAGUGGAGUAUGCCUCUAAAGGGAACCUGAGGGAGUACCUACGUGCCCGCAGGCCCCCUGGCAUGGAGUACUCCUACGAUAUUAACCGCUGCUCAGACGAACAGCUCGCCUUCAAGGACCUGGUCUCCUGUACCUACCAGGUGGCACGGGGCAUGGAAUAUCUGGCCUCGCAGAAGUGUAUACAUAGAGAUCUAGCAGCGAGGAAUGUCCUGGUCACAGAAAGCAACUUUAUGAAGAUUGCAGACUUUGGCCUGGCCAGAGACGUCCACAACAUUGAUUACUAUAAAAAGACAACUAACGGUCGUCUCCCGGUGAAGUGGAUGGCUCCUGAGGCUCUCUUCGACCGUGUGUACACUCACCAGAGCGAUGUCUGGUCAUUUGGGGUGCUAAUGUGGGAGAUCUUCACCCUGGGGGGUUCUCCGUACCCCGGCAUCCCCGUAGAAGAGCUCUUCAAGCUGCUGAAAGAGGGCCAUCGCAUGGACAAGCCUGGCAACUGCACCAACGAGCUGUACAUGAUGAUGAAAGACUGUUGGCAUGCCAUUUCCUCCCAUCGGCCCACCUUCAAGCAGUUGGUGGAGGAUCUAGACCGUAUCCUGACCCUGGUCACCAAUGAGGAGUAUCUGGACUUGUGUGCCCCAGCGGAGCAGUAUUCUCCCAGCUUCCAGGACACACGCAGUUCCUGUUCCUCCGGUGACGACUCUGUAUUCUCCCAUGACCCCUUACCAGAAGAGCCCUGCCUCUCAAAGUACCAGCACAUCAAUGGGGGCGUCAAAACAUGAGGCCUCCCCUCCUCAAUCCCUCCAUCGAGCCUGACCUGCCCCUCACCCGUACAACCCCCCCCCAAACAGACACUUCCAUAGAGAGAAACA